AUGCGCGCCUCGCUCCCUGUCCUCGUUUCUCUCCUCUUUGCCAGCACCGCAUGUGCGCGAGUCAUUCCCGCCUGGAUGAUGAAAGAUGCUCCUGUGUCCGUCAACAUCCGCGACAUUGACGAUUCCACUAUUAUCCGCCAUGCCCCCGAGAGCAGCUUCGAGCGCAGGAUUGAUGAUAGGUUGGAGUAG